AUGUCUCAGUCUUCUCCAUUUUCCAAUUCAUCUGUUGCUGCUCUGUCUGAUAAUGGUAGCAGCUACACUCCAUCCUAUUCAUCUAGUCCCAGUCAUUCUAUUCUCUCCACCUCUAUAACCGCCAAACAGAUUUCCACUCAUUCAUCCCUUCGACAGCAGCCGCAAAAGUCUAAAACCAAACAUGUCUUUUUAUGUACUUUUCCAGGCUGCUCGUUGGGAUUCACUCGUCGUCAGAACUUGCGAUCGCAUAUGACCAUCCAUACCAAUGAAAGACCGCAUGCCUGUGACAAAUGUCCUGCAACGUUCCGUCGUCGUCAGGAGCUACUACGUCAUUGUCGCAGUGUUCAUGCUCCUGCUGGUGUUAAACUAUUCCGGUGUUCACACUGUCUCCGUCUGUUUGGCCGUGCCGAUGCUUUAAAACGUCAUAUUAUUGCUAAUGGCGGAACAUUUGGUGAGGAUGGUGUUGCACCUUGGGCUUGUUCUAGAUCCAAAUCAAGUGUGACAUCUCCUUAG